AUGUCGGAAGCAGUGACCAAGUUCCAAGCUCUGAUCGAGCGUAGCCGGAAACGACUGCCAACAUAUCAGCCUCCGCCGCAGAUGAAGCUCUUUGCGCACAAUGACUCCCACCCAGGCUGGAUCUUCAUGGCGGCUUGCGCGGACUCUCGCGUGGACCCUACACACAUCUUCCAGCUGGAAUGCAGAGAGGUCAAUGUGAUCCGGGUGGCGGGAGGUCGGAUCCGCGACGAUACCUCAAAGUCGCUAGAGAUCAUGGGCACGAUGGUUCCUAUUGGCCUCGUAGUGGUGGUUCAGCAUACCGACUGCGGUGGCCUGUUCACGGCUGAUGACGAGAUUCGUAAGCGGGUGAGUGCACGUAACCCGGAAUGUGCCCAUCUUGUGAAGGACAGCGUGUGGGAUACCUCCAAAGAGUGGUGA